CGUCAACCUCAACGAAAGAGGAGGAUGCCAAGGCAUGUGAACUCACCGCGAUAUGAUAAUUCAUGGAGCGACGAUGAUGACAGCAGUGUAGAUGAUUUGCCCGUCCUUUUGGCGAUCUCGGAUGCAAUGUCUGCACAACAAGCCCCCCGUGCACGUCCAUGUAGAACUUCGGCACUACAAGGCAGUGAGUACAUUAACGAAGUGCUUUCAAAUGACACAAGGUGUUACGAGAAUUUCAGGAUGGACCCUCACGUAUUUCAUAAUUUGUGCGACACGUUAAGAGUAAACUGUGGUAUUCGAAAUACAAGGAAAGGUAUGACCGUCGAGGAGAUGCUUGGAAUGUUCUUAUUGGUAGUUGCACAUAGUACUCGAUAUGCCGUUGUUGCCGAACGCUUUCAGCAUUCUAAGGAGACAAUCUCACGGGUAUUCAAUUUAAUACUUCAAGGACUUCAUUCGUUAGUGCCAACGUACACAAGACCGAGGAACGUUGAGGAGCAGCCUGAAAUUCGCGGGUGCCGACAAUGGUACCCAUUCUUUAGGCAUUGCAUCGGGGCAAUUGAUGGGACUCAUGUCGAUGCUAUUAUGCCAGCUUCGGUGAGAGGUGCGUAUCGCGAUCGAAAUGGUGACAUAACGCAAAAUGUUCUUGCUGUUUGUUCCCAUCAAAUGAUCUUCACUUAUGUCAUAACCGGAUGGGAAGGUUCGUCACACGACUCCAGAAUUCUUUCUGAUGCAGCAACAUUACCGACAUUCCCUGCACCACAAGGUAGUAAGUUGUUAUUUUCCAUAUACCAUGUUUUCUUGUCAAGCUCUUAUGUAUUUCGAUAAACAUAUGGAACUACAGAUAUAUACAUUAUUUGUACAUGUCU